AUAAAAUUAUGGAACUAAAAAUGGAACAUAGCGAUUAUAUUUUAUUGCAAAUUAUUAAAACAUUAUAUUUCAGUUUUUGUGCUAUACCAAACAUAAAUGAUAAUAUAUUAAUAGAAAUUAAAUUAGUAUAUUUUCAUUUUUUAAUAAUAUUACUUAAAAAAGUAAUAAAUAGUCGAAUGUUUGAUCUUCAACUUAGUUUAUCAUGUUUAUUUAUGUUAUCUGAUUCUGAAGCAUGUAAAUGGAUUUCUUCUAUUUGCAAAUCAUUUCAAUCAGAUUACACUCGACAUUUAAGAAUAACAAUGCUUGGAUAUGAAUAUUUUUAUUUAACAAAAAAUCAAACUUUGCAAACAUUUAAAAAUAAUAAAAUAUUAUAUUAUUGGGCACAAAAGUUAUCUAAAUAUUUAGUUUCAUAUAAAGAAAUCCUAACAAGUGAUUCAGUAGCUAAAAGGGAAAUAUUACAACGUAUUAUGAGUUAUGAUGAAGAUCUGAUCCCUUUAUUUCAAGAAUUUUGUUUUGAUUUUGGUUUUGAUAUCCAAGAUUGUUUAUUACUUUAUCUACAAACAAUAAUAAAAACAUGGAAUCCAAAAUUAAAUAUAAGCAAUUUUAAUGGGAAAAAAGAAUUACAUAUUAAUGAAGAUGAUGUAAAUCAAUUAAAUAAAAAAUGUAAUUCUAUUACUGCCUAUAUCUUGGAUAAAGUUGCUUUAAAAAAUUGGGUUACAAUGAUUUUUUCACAAAUAAAUUUUUACCAUUAUGAAAUAUUUAUAAUUCUUAUGGAUCUCAUAGAAGAUAAAAAUAUUGAACAUAGAAAUUAUUUAUGUUUUUUACAAAAUUAUAUUCGCACUGGUCCACCUACACAAAUAGAAUAUGAUGAAUGGAUACAUUUAAAUCCAGGAUAUACAUCCUUACCAUUUAUAGCAGAAUGGCGGUUACCUUUUUUACCUAAAAUUGAAUUAUGGAAACUUAUAACUCCUGAAUUAAAUUUGAAAACUUAUGAAAAAUGGUUAGAUAUUGCUGCUAUUCUUAAAUUACAACCUCAUAUUAUAUGUACUUUAGCUAUAAAAGGUGAAGUAACACAUAUUUGGAAAAAUAAACACAAAAUAGCUAAAUGGUCUCUUUCUUCAAAAAAUAAAAGCUUAUUAAAUCAUAUAAAAAAAUGUAUAGAAAGAAUGACUGGUCCAGAUGCACUGUAUUAUGGCACUGCAGCAUUAUAUUAUGUUGUAAAUCAUACACCAUCAGGAGCUGAUCAAGUAGCAGCAGUUGAAGAAUGUUAUAAGUAUGCACAAUUAUCAGCUAAAAAAUCUAUGAUGUUUGAAGAAGGAAUGUUAGAAAAAAUAAAAGUUAAAUAUUUACGUUUUACAUCGGAACAUAUUUUACAUGUACAUGGUUUGGCCAAUAAAAAGUAUUUGUCAUUAAUCGGAAAUCCGAAUAAAUUAGUCUAUGAAUUAUAUACAGAUGAAAGUAUACCUCAAAGAUAUCGAUGUGUUAUUGAUCAUAGACCUGAUAUAAAUUCGGCAGUUAGUUCAAUUAGUCAGUUAUUUUCUAUUAAUUUGAUAAAAUUACGAAUAGAAUUAUUACAAGAGUGGUUACAACCAGAUACUAAAUAUAUGAAAUUUAAUCAAAGUAUAACAGAAACAUUUCCAGUAAUGACAAAUUUAGAAUCGAAUUUAAAUUGUGAUGAUAAAUUAUUGAGAGCAUGCUAUAUUUUAGAAUAUGGAGAUCUUGAAUUAUCAGCUAACUUUCUUAUAAAUAUAGGUUUUAGUGAAAAAAAUGAAGAUUAUAGUCCAGAAGUUCGUUAUAGAGCUCUUUGUGUAUUACAAUCUAUAGUUGAUACUGCUAAAUUAGAAGAUUUAAUUAAACGAGAUUACCAAACAAUUAAAAACUAUAUGAGAUCUUUGAAAUAUAUAAGUAAAUUGGAAUUGUUAGGAAUAGGAUAUAGUAUAAAUACGUUUGAAAUGUGUUCUAAACAUGAACUUAUACAAAUUUUAUGGAAAACACAAAAUUAUUCACCACAAGCCCUGAUUAUUAUUGCACAACUUUGUAUAGAUUUUGAAAUAUAUGAAUAUUCUCUCUGGGACAAAAAUUUAACUAAAAUGGCUAAAUUAUUAAUGAUUAAUGAAUUAAAAAUAAUUUUAUUACAAGUACAAAAUAUAAACACCAUUGUAAAUUCUAAUGGAUAUUUAUUUGGAUGGGAAGUAAUAAUUUCAGAACCUUUCAAAAAAAUGGAUAUGAAUCCGACUUCUGAACAAAUUGAAAAUUGUAUUGAAGCUUUACAACUUUUAUAUUCAUGUCCAGUUUUAUAUGCAUUAAAUUUCUCUAACAUCAUAAAAUAUUGUUUUCAAUGUCAGCAAUUACAUUUAGUACUUGCAUUUUUACCAUUUUUAAAUGAUGAUGAUACAAUAUAUGUUUUGGAAAAAAUUAAAUGCACAUCUAAUAUUACAAAAAUAUUAGAAAAUUUGAAUAACUUAUGUUCAAGUGGAAUACUUUGCACAGCUUAUUGUAAUAAAAUUAUAGAACAUACAUUAACAAACAUGAAUAAACAUUCAAUAAAAUAUGAAUAG